AUGAGCAAGAGAAUCACCAUUGAUGGGGAAAUAGAUAAUAAUUGGUAUGAUGCACAUGCAACAUUCUAUGGUGACAUGACUGGCAGCGAAACCAUGCAGGGAGCUUGUGGGUAUGGUAAUCUUUUUGAUCAAGGAUACGGCCUUAGUACAGCAGCCCUAAGCUCUGCAAUCUUCAACAACGGACUCACUUGCGGCGCUUGUUUUGAGCUCCAGUGUGUCAAUGAUCCACAAUGGUGCAUACAAAAUGCUGGCACUAUCCAAAUCACUGCAACCAAUUUCUGCCCUGCUAACUAUAGUAAGACUCAAGACCUUUGGUGCAAUCCCCCACAAAGACACUUUGACUUGUCCAUGCCCAUGUUCACAAAAAUUGCACAAUAUAAAGCUGGGGUUAUCCCUGUUAAGUAUCGCCGAGUCCCAUGCCUUAAGCAAGGAGGAGUUAGGUUUGAGUUGAAGGGAAAUCUAAAUUGGUUGCUUGUAUUGGUGUACAAUGUUGGAGGUGCUGGUGAUGUUUCUAAUGUCAAAAUUAAGGGCACUAAUACCAAUUGGAUUCAAAUGACUCGCAAUUGGGGUCAAAAUUGGCAGACCGACACACAAUUGGUUGGGCUAACUUUGUCAUUCCAAGUGACCACUAGUGAUGGGAAGAUGUUACAAUUCGAUAAUGUUGUACCUCGUAAUUGGCAAUAUGGUCAAAAUUUUCAGGGAAGAUUUAAUUUUUAG